GCUAUACUAGUCUCGUGGCAUCGGGCAGGCACCAGCAGCAGAGUGCGCCGACAUGUUCAGCUCAGCUCAGCCUCGCGGUUCUUCUCCCCGUCCCCGCCCGUGACGCUCCGAAAUUUAGCAUCCGCUUCACCUUCUUAAUCCCUCCCCGCUACGAAAAAGAAAGCAAAGAAUCGCUUUUGAUGGUUCUCCAAUCCUCAUUUGGAGCGUCCCACCACCACCACCGAGCAAACCAAAACCCCAAACUUAGCAAAAACCCAAAUUUAACCUCGCUCGCCCUCGUCUUGGCCUCCCCCGCCGCCGCUCCCCCUCCCCGCCGCGCCAGCCUCUCUCCGCCCGGAUCCUCCACGCUCGCCGGCGAUCGCCGGAGACCCCCGCGCCGGCGAUCUCCGGCGGUCGCCAGCAAUGCCUCCCCCACCGCAGUCCAUCGCCGGCAAGGUCGGCCGCUUCUUCAGCUUCGCGGCGGCGCGGGACCGCUGCUUCAGCCGCCGGUUCCAAGCCGCCGGCCUCCGCCCGGUCUCCAUCCAGCUCCCCGACUCGGCGCACCCGGUCUCCGUCCAGCUCCCCGACUCGGCGGACCCCGUCACCACCGUCCACAUGUGGGUCCCCGCCAGGCCGCCACGCAACCCCCUGGUCCUCCUCCACGGCUUCGGCGCCUCCGCCACGUGGCAGUGGUACCCCUACCUCCGCCCCCUCAUCGCCGCCGGCUUCGACCCCAUCGUCCCCGACCUCGUCUUCUUCGGCAACUCCACCACCCGCCUCCCCGAUCGCUCCGACACAUUCCAGGCGCGGUCGAUCAAAACGGCGCUGGAAGCCAUCGGGGUGACCAAGUUUGGGCUGGUUGGGGUGAGCUAUGGAGGGUUCGUGGGGUACAGGAUGGCAGCGAUGUACCCGGACGCCGUGGAGAGGGUGACUCUGGUGUGCGCCGGCGUUUGCCUGGAGGAGAAGGACCUCGCGGAGGGUCUCUUCCCGGUGGCCGGGGUCGACGAAGCGGCAGCGCUGCUGGUGCCACGGCGGCCAGAGGAGGUGCGGCGCCUGGUCAGGCUCACAUUCGUGCGACCGCCGAUCAUCAUGCCGUCGUGCUUCCUUUGGGACUACAUUAAGGUGAUGGGCUCAGACCAUAUCGAGGAGAAGACUGAGCUACUACACGCUUUGAUUAGUGGGAGGCAAAUUUCGACUCUUCCAAAACUACGUCAGAAGACGCUGAUAGUUUGGGGGGAGCAAGAUAAGGUGUUCCCGAUGGAGUUGGCUCACAGAUUGAAGAGGCAUCUUGAUGGGAACUCUCGGUUGGCAGUCAUACACAACGCUGGGCACGCAGUCAAUCUCGAGAAGCCUACAGAUGUGUGCAAGAGCAUCAUCGAGUUUUUCCAAGAGCCAAUCCCCGAAGCUUCAAACGACGAAAGGGUGUAGUAGGUGUGGCUCUCAUCGAAGCGGCGGAUGGUGUCUUCUUCGCUGGGCAUCGGCAUUGCGGUCAAAAUUGACACUGGAAGAGGAAAGGAAGAGGGGGGAUCGCAGCGUUCUCGCCAUUCUCGGUGGAAAAAUACCUGAGUUAUGUUGCCUUGAGCAGUGUAAUCAUCGGUUAUGUGAACUGGCAUGCCUGCCAGAUCACGUUCUGCUACCGUUGUGGUGAAAUGUCGCAUUGGUUUCCCUAUGGCUUC